UCGAGCUUUCUUGAGCACAUUUCCUGUUCGUUUGUGAGGUCUUCAAAAGUGUACUUUGAUCAAAGAUGGAGCGAAAGGAAAGAAAACUGGCCUUGACAAUUUUUGCGCCGGGCUCAACACAACAGACGUCAUUUUGUAAACAUGUACUGCCACCUAUGUCCCACCCGCUCCCCCCACGUAUAUGAACAUAAAACAAUGACACGACUUUGUGACAAAACCAAACCUAGUAUGGGGGACAGGGGGAAACGUGUUUAAUUCAUGUUUAAUGCGGAUUUAAUGCAUAAAUUAAUUGUCUAACGGGAAUGGAGUGACAAAUCCAACCAUCACUAUACCUCAUGGUAUGAAGUACAUACCAUGAGGUAAAAAGCAGGUAUGCUAAUUAGCCAGUUGAGUCCAACUGUUUCCAAAUGAUUUCUCUUUUACAAAGUAUGACUACACCUCAAGAAAUGUCUCCAAUCGCAAUGGAUACGACACCAGACAGAGCAAGCACUAGCAGAGUGAAAAGGAGGAAACGGAGGGUUCAGAAAAAGAUCAAAUGUUCUAAGGAAUCUACACAUACACCACCAGCUACCUUGGAAAGUGAAUCAGUCCCUCAGGUGAACUUUGCAGAAAACAAAGAAUUCAAAUAUCUGAAGGAGCAUUUGGCACCUAAUAAAGAUCCAUCAGUUAAAGCAGCCAUUUACAUGACAUAUCUGGCAAAUUGUGAUUUUAAUACCACCAUGGCACCCAAUUCAAUUAUUCAGUUUGACAAUGAUAAUGUGGCAGAACUUCUCUCUACUGAGGACAAUCCUGACAUGGCAAUGCAGAGAAUGCAGUUUUCACCCGUCUUUUUUGAAGAGAUGCACUGGAGUUAGCAGCAAUCCAUUUUGUGAAAAGAGACGAUUUAAAACAUGCUUAUUCAAAAAGAAUGGGUCACAUAAGGCUCUGUGCAGUUCAUCUUUUCCUGCGCAUGUUUGUUCCACGUGGAAGAACUGAUCUGUAUGAAGAAAUUCCAGUGGAGGGAAUGGAUCCCCCCACAAUUACUAUGGCCGCCCGUUAAAGGAAUUUUGGUUCAAGUAUACGACACCACCUUCUGAUGAGAUGGAGACAAGAUUCCUUGAGUUUGUUGAACAGCUAGUCAGUACUCAAUCAGAGCUAUGCAAGAGGCUAAUGUCACCAUUUCCAGUAUACAAUGCAACUGCAACGAGUCCUUUCUUGUUAUCACUCAAUGCACUCCUUGUUGUAACUGGUUUUCGUCAUGUUUUCACGAGAUACUUUCAAGACAAGCUACUACUUGGUCUACAGGAAGUGGCAAAAGAGAAAAAAUGGGUCCAAUCUGGUGUGGUGCCUCUAGAAAUUUCAUUUAUGGGUGCAAUUUAGAUAACAGUGCUGACUACAUCUUGCAGCAUUUCAACCUUGAGACAACUAUGAAUUUGGAGCAGAAAGGAUAUCCUUAUAACAAGUCCACUGCAUGCCUACUUUGGCAUGAGAGAAAAACUACAAACCAGACUUGUUCUAACCAAACUACCCGAGCACAAGAUCACGACCACCUAGCUCAGCAUUUACCCAAGAAAGAACCCCAGUUUGGAAUUUACAACAAGAUUACAAGGUACCAGAUAAAUAUAACAGACCUGGUUGUUCAAACGCAAAAUGCCAAAAAUUAAAAUCAAAGUUGAAAAACCAUUCUGUAACACACGAAAAACAGUUUUUCUCACAUUUCCAAACUGAGCAUAAGAAUGACCAUGCAACAUCUCAUGAGAAUUUCUUAGUUAAUCAGACUUGAUUUCAUGCAUAAUGCAGUCACAGAGCUGAUUAACCAAUGAAUUUAUUCCCACAAUAUAAUUCCUAGAUUUGACGGUUAACAGAAAGUUAAGAAAUGAAUCUUUGAUCGGCGUACGUAACUGGUGUGAAUCUUACCAUGCCAAGACUGGCCUUCGAUUGUACCUAGUGUCAGAGGCUGAACGAUUAAUUUUCAACUCACUCAAAAAUUGAUUACCUCAAUAAAUUCUAAGAAUGAGAAUGACCAUGCCAGAUAUCCUGAGAAUUUCUUAGUUAAUCAGACUUCAUUUUAUCCAUAAUGCAGACAGAGCUGAUCAACCAGAAAAUUAUUCUUAUAAUAUAAUACCUAGAUUUGACUGUUAAUAGAAAGCUGCCAGUGGGCUUUGAGAAAUAAAUCUUUUUUUGCUUGAGCUUGGGGGUGAAGAGAAUUUAAGGGGUGCAUUUAUCAUGAAACGGACCCUUAUCUCGACAGGUACAUAUAGUCAGCCGGUUUGAGACAUUUUUAAGGCAGGCUGGAGUGACUGUGUCUAUUUUUUAUUAGCUAGGAUAUUUAAUCAUUUAUUUCUUGUUCUCUCUCUGGGUGCUAGGACGCUCCAUAUUUUCUCUUACAACGGUCUGACAGCCAGCGUAUAACCUUCCUGUGGCAUUUUCCCUCUAUGUUCAUGUCCAAGUUUGCACGUGAAUGAUUGCAAGACAAGACACCCACAACUUUCUUUGUUCGAGUAAAAGUAAGUACUCGUUUGCUGUUUAUUGCUUGCUUGAUGCAUAAUUUGAUGAUGUAUUGACUGACUGACUGUGAACUGGAUCUAUUAAGAAAACAAUCUGUUUUUAAUGACUUUUCGAGAUCAUGGAGAUUAGUUACCAGUGACGUGAUAAAAUCCCUUGGUAUCUUCAAUUAAUUUAAUGCAAUAUAUUGAGUUUCACGCUGUUACCGACCUUAUCAGUACACGGUAAAUACAGCUGUCAAUGUUGAUCCUUAUGAGUGAGUCCUUUGAGAAUCAACGUGACUCUUUAAAAGCAUGGCUCUCAGAUCUCUUUAAGAGCAUGCACUGAUAAUUUGUUGUCUGGUAGUGAAUGCUAUACCUUUCAGAAAGAUUCAAUAAAGUAACACCAUACAAUAGACUUUGGGAAAGUUUUUAAACUACGGUUUAUCACUUCUACCCAAGGUGCU